AUGCCUUGGGGUUGGGAGUGUAGGUCCCGGUUGGUGAAACAAGUACAAACGAAACCAACGGAAAGACGGCGCGUUCCGGGUGAUGACCUCCAACUACCAGGACCUGGACAAUAUGACCCACCGGAAAUAUUCUGUGGUAAAGGCUUCUCAAAAAUAAAGCAAUCACCAGCAUACACAUUCGGACACCGAACUCCCCUGCUCGGCAAACCGGCAGCCAUGCCCAACGCACCCAUGUUCAACAUACAAGGCAUGGCACGCAAAGGUUGCCACAGAAUUACUCACAGUAUAAUAAGACCACACUGCAUACCUCCCGGGUUCCGAAUGAAGAUACCUGGUCCAGGAGCGCACUCGCCUCAAGAUCUGGCUCAAAUCAAGCGACCUCCAGCGUACUCGAUGAGAAUCGCCGCCAAACCUCCGUACGAGCCUUAUGACAUGUGGACUUGCCCACCUAAUAUGUACAAUCCGUAUAUACCGAAAAAAAGCGCCCCAGCAUUUAGCUUUGGGCCUUCAAGUCGACAAUUAAAGCCACAGAACAUACCAGGGCCUGGAGACCAUGACCCCAAGUUUGAAUACGUAAAAAAGACAAAGCCAGCAUUCUCUUUCGGAGCACCAUUUAGAAAUCCAAGAGGAUUUAAAACGCCCGCUCCUAACACGUACUGUGAGAAAAAGUACAUGUAUACGAAGCCAUCUACGCCUGCACCAUCGUUCGGUAUACGACACUCCCCUUAUGUGGGCAAACCAGCAGUAUACCUAAAACCUUCAAAACUGGAACUACUGGCAAAAGAUCUCGCUUAAUUUAUGUAUCGUAUUGUGAUAUUAACGAAUACAGCCAUUAUUUGUUUGCUGAUAAUCGUGUGUACAUAAGUUAUGAAUGUUUCAUUCGAAAUUUUAAACCACU